AUGCCGGUCGUUUGUCUUUCCUCACGGUUAACGACGGUUCGCUGGCAACAUUCAAUUUUAGUAUGCGCAUCGCCACCAAUAAGACGUUGCAACCAUAUAUGUAGACAACAAUUACUAUAUGACGUCCGUCGUUGCCAACGGACAACAUCAUGGAGCACCUCGUCUGUUGGUGCUGCCUCGGUCCAGCAAACCUCGUCUGUGGACACCAGUUUAGAAACUACUUACAUAAGAGAUGCGUUCGAUCCAGAGGUCCUGGCAACAGCUGCGGGUGUGCAGCGAUUGGUGCAAUGCGGUCCGACGCCGUUAGGCCGAGGCCUUGUGGCUCCGCGCUUGUUGGAGCGUCAGGUUAUUGUGUCUGUGCCUCUCCAAAAUACCCUGGUCAUUACUGAUGAUCCUCUAAGUGGCAUCAGCAUCUUCGGGGACCGCGGACAGGAGCUCUGGCAGCAACACCAUGGACAGUUACCGGAGCAGUUGCUAGACUUCCUAACAAGUGACGCCCGUUGGGAUGUACGGAUGACCGCAUGGCUGCUGUGGGUGGCUUCGGAGCUUCCGGACAGUCCGGUUUGGGGGCCUUAUCUUGCCAGCCUACAACCCGUUGAGGAGGUGACCUGCUUGCUCAAUUACGGACCGGAUAUCGCCAAGGAGUUGCAGUUCAAGGAGCUCGUGGAAGAGGCGAGGGUGCAACACAACUGGGCGCUGAGCGUGCACCGGAAUUACUUCGACGGCGCUCGUGGCGAGCUGCGGCAUUUGAAGUUGGCGGCGAAACCCGUGGACACCCAAUGGGCCAUGUCUAUGGUACGAACCCGUACAUUCUCCGAGGACGUCAACGGCGAGGGCCUUACCCUGAUGGUGCCGUACGCCGACAUGGCCAACCACUCUUUCCAAUAUAACUCAACAUUUUGCAUGGCGCGCGACAACGAACGCUUCGAGCUUCGGCUGCUGUCACCCCUGGGCCCCGGCGAAGAGGCCUCCAUCUGCUAUGGAGAAGACAAACCCAACUUUGAGGUCAUGCGGGACUACGGAUUCGUCGUCCCAGGCAACCCGAAUGACAGAAUUAAAUUGCCAAAUCAGGAUUCGCUGCCGGAGCUCAACGGGGUGUCGCUGCUCGAGUCGGUGGGCCUCAAGGGCGACUGGCGGGAGGGCAACGUCACAUACAAGCAGUCCUUGGAAAACGUCUUGGAGCUGGCGUUCAUAAGGCGAAGGAAUGCCGUACUGUCAAUGAAUCUCAGCGACGGCUCCCGGGCGCCAAAGGCGGAGCGUGCCGCCGCGGCUGCCGUACGGCAGUCGUACCAGGCAGCCUUGGAUGAGCUUCCUUCCAGCAUUGCCCACGACCAGCACUUCCUGGCUUUGUACGAAAGCGGCGGGAAAGAGGAGUUGGGGAUGUCAGGGGUGGAGGGUUUGGAUGCGGCAGUAGCGGCGGCGCAGCGCUGGCAGACGUUGGAUGGGUUUUGGACUCGGCUUGUCCUGGAGAACUUGGAAUCGGUCUUCGAUAAGCAGCAACACUGCGCACGUGCGCGCAUGUGUAUAUAUAUCGCAAUAGUGCAGAGCAACGUAACGCGAUUAUGCGCUAAGCGGACCUUCACGCUUUCGUGGCGGCAGAAGAUGGCGACAUAUCAGAGCAAUAAAAGAGAUUUCGGCGGGCCCAGGGACACGCGUACCCUUAAGUCUCUAGCAUGCUCUCUUCGGCAGACAACUGCCGCCGAUGACGAUGACGGCGGUCGCAGUUCGUGCUCUGAAACCAUCAUCUUCUCCACACAACUCACUUCGAUCCUCACUUUGAUCCGCAUGCACGCCUCUCCACUCCCCUCUUCCCCGUCAACCUCUUCCUGUCCUCAUAUCAUAUUCAUGAUCAAGUGA